CUCUGUAGAAAGAGGAAGCGAUGUUUGGCUGAUGUGGACAAUUCAACGGGGUGAGAUUAUCUCCCGCUAAGUAAACUAGCGACUGUCGAGCAACCCGGUGUUAAAACGAAAUCAUUCAAAAACAAUGGAGCGAUGAAAAUAUGUAACGCUUGAACCAAACAAUUUUUCAAUUUGUAAAGAACUGAAGAAAAAAAAGCGAUCCACAAUGAUGUCAGAAUGCGAAGCAAACGAGACCGAGCCGGUGGUGGCGGCUGACAUACCCCCGGUAGCCUCCGCUGCUGCUACCACGGAUCUCAACUUUCGGUCAGAGGAUCCGCUGUCGACGUUGUUCGAUAGGAACACAGUCGGGUCUGGGUCUAACCCGGGGGUCGCGGUUCGGAUGUCGGGUUCGUGUGAAAGCGUUCUUACCGAAUUGGAGACGGACGGUUCUGGGGAAGAGGCUCUGUUGUUGCCGUGUUUAUCCGGAGGCACGUCGUCACCUCGGGGCGAGAGGCAGAAGAGGACGAGGCGGAACCGACAGAGUUCAUCGUCGGAUAAAGAUAACCUUACCUCGCCAGGUAACAGUAGCGGAGACUUUAACCAUUUCCCCGGCGACCCAGAGUUUGGUGACAUCAUUCAGAGGGCGGAGCAGGCCAUCGAGGGCGGAGUCUUCCCAGAGAGAAUCUCUCAGGGUUCUAGCGGGAGUUACUUCGUUAAAGACUCCAAAGGGAAAAUCCUUGGCGUUUUCAAACCAAAGUCUGAAGAGCCUUAUGGUCACCUCAACCCUAAAUGGACCAAAUACUUUCACAAGCUGUGCUGUCCGUGUUGUUUUGGCCGUGGCUGCCUGAUCCCCAACCAGGGCUAUCUCUCGGAGGUUGCUGCCUCCCACGUCGAUACCAGGCUAGGACUGGGAGUGGUCCCCAAAACCAAGGCUGUGUAUCUGGUCAGUGAGACAUUUCACUACAACACCAUCGACAGGGCCAAGUCCAGAGGGAAGAAAUACGCCCUCGAGAUGGUUCCCAAAGUAGGACGACACUUCCACAGAGUGGGCCUGCCCCCCAAGCUUGGUUCGUUCCAGCUGUUCGUGGAAGGGUACCACGAGGCUGACUAUUGGUUGAGACGUUUUGAGGCGGAGCCUCUCCCAGAGAACAUCAGGAAACAGCUUCAGUCUCAGUUUGAGAGGCUGGUCAUUCUGGACUACGUCAUCAGAAACACAGACCGAGGGAAUGACAACUGGUUGAUCAAGUAUGAGAAGUCAGGGGAAGGAGAGGGAGAGAAGGCCAUCCAGAUAGCAGCUAUAGACAACGGCCUGGCCUUCCCCUUCAAACACCCUGACGAGUGGAGAGCCUACCCGUUCCAUUGGGCGUGUCUGCCCCAGGCUAAAGUACCCUUCUCCCAGGAGACCAGAGAGCUGGUGCUGUCCCGUCUGUCAGACAUGAACUUCGUUCAGGACCUCUGUGAAGACCUCUACGAAAUGUUUAUGGCAGAUAAAGGUUUUGACAAGACCAUGUUUGAAAAGCAGAUGUCAGUCAUGAGAGGACAGAUCCUAAACCUGAGCCAGGCGUUAAAGGAUAAUAAAACUCCCAUUCAGUUGGUCCAGAUGCCCAGAGUCGUGGUGGAGAGAAGCCGGACAGGAGGACAGGGGAGGGUGGUAACAUUAGGAACAGCUUUCACCCAGACCUUCCACUGCAAGAGACCUUUCUUCUCUUCCUGGUAGAGGGAGGGAUGGCUGAAGGAGCUGCUGCAGGGGUGGGUGGAGAGAUGAGGAGGGAGGGAAGAGAGGGAGCCUCCACUGCAAGAGACCUUUCUUCUCUUCCUGGUAGAGGGAGGGAUGGCUGAAGGAGCUGCUGCAGGGGUGGGUGGAGAGAUGAGGAGGGAGGGAAGAGAGGGAGCCUCCACUGCAAGAGACCUUUCUUCUCUUCCUGGUAGAGGGAGGGAUGGCUGAAGGAGCUACUGCAGGGGUGGGUGGAGAGAUGAGGAGGGAGGGAAGAGAGGGAGCCUCCACUGCAAGAGACCUUUCUUCUCUUCCUGGUAGAGGGAGGGAUGGCUGAAGAGGGACUGAUUUGGAGUUGGACAUCACACGUCUGGGGAAACAUCCCAAAUGGCUCCCUAUUCCCUUUGUAGUGCCCUACAUUAGACCCUGGUCAAUAGGGUUAGUGCACUAUAAAGGGAAUAGUGUUCCAUUUGGGACGUAUGCUGAGUGUGUUGAGCUCAGAGGAGAACCCAGGACGUCCUAAAUGGAACCCUAUUCCCUAUACCGUCCUGCACUACGUCUGACCAGAGGCCCCAUAGGGGAUAGUGCACUUAGGGGAAUAUAGUGCUAUUUGGGAUACACCGACAGUGUCUUCGGUUCUGCGCUACCGCCAAAAUCAUUUUAAUAUAAGCAUAAAGAAAAAGCUUUUGAAGGAAUUAAAUGAUGUUAAAAAGUGGAUAAAAUACAAUGUAUGUUGCUUGAAUGUAAGUUUACAGUUUCUAUUUAAAUAGAGCAACGUGUCUCCCGAGACAUUUCAAUGAGAGGGAAUACUGUUGACAACGUGUCGUCCCAAAUAGCACUACUUUUGAGUGACUUUUUGGGAUGCACUCGAUGGUCAUUUUUUUUUUCAUAGCAAUGAAUGUAUUAGUUGAUUUAACAUGUAUGUGUAAUUGCUGGUGACAGUAUGCUCUUGGCUAUUAUGGGAUGGGUGGUGGGUUAAACUCAAGGUACACUGUGCAAUAUGAUGUAAUCAGGCACCGUGCGGGUGGCGAACUUCCUGCUUGACAACAACAACAACAAUUAGAAUCUGCCAAGAUGGAGGCUGGGAUUCAGUCUGACCGCAGGUUAUAGACAAAUGUUCCAGCGUUCGCAGAGAUCCCAUUCACAGUAAACGCUACGAAUGUCGGCUCAAUCAGAAAUUUGCCUUUAAAAGGCCUCAAAGCCUAUAACCCACGAUCGGAUUGAAUCCCGGCCUGAUUCUUCACCCAAAAGUGGAACUCCUGGCAGAAUUGUAUUAUUUUGUUGUUGUCUGUAAACAGGAAGUUACCCUGCUACGUUUGAUGACGUCAUAUUGCUGAGUCUUCCGUUAAUCUCCCACCAAAUUGGGGGGGGAAGGAAAAAUAAGGACAUUCGCACACUUGCUAAACAUUUCUAAGUCCCAUACAGCACCCUAUUCCUUACAUAGUGCACUACUUUUGACCAGGGCCUAUAGGGACAAAGUAGUGCACUACUUUUGACCAGGGCCUAUAGGGACAAAGUAGUGCACUACUUUUGACCAGGGCCUAUAGGGACAAAGUAGUGCACUACUUUUGACCAGGGCCUAUAGGGACAAAGUAGUGCACUACUUUUGACCAGGGACUAUAGGGACGAAGUAGUGCACUACUUUUGACCAGGGCCUAUAGGGACAAAGUAGUGCACUUUUCUUGGAUAAAAGUACUGAACUAUGUAGGGAUUAGGGUGCCGUUGGUGACACAGACAUUGUUUUGGGUUUUUCAUAUUUAUGCAUCUUGAACUUUCUAUUCCUGCUGUAUAAUGAAUGUAAAGGUAGAAUUGUAUUUUUUAAACAUGUUGGAAACAAUAAAUGUAAAUUUGGGAUUGGUUAAA